GAGACACAAACUAUGAAUUAUCCAAUCCCUUCCUCUAUCACAAAACCUUGGCAGCCUCACCUUUCUUAAUACCCACCCACCCAGAAAAACCAUGGUUAUUAGUCUCUCCUCUUCUCCACCUUCUUCUCUGUCUCUGAUCAAGUUAACCAAUUCAAGGUCUGAGUUUCCUUCAAAACCCAAAACCCACCUCCCAAAGUGCUCAUUUUCUUCAUCAGACCUCAGCUUUCAUUGCAAGGAUCCAUUUUUAUCUCCAAAGGGUGGGAACCCAAAUGGGACAAGGUUACAGUUGAGGUCUUGUGCACUUCCUGGUCUUGAUUAUAGCAACUUUGAGAGUGUUCAGUCAGUUUUGGAGGCAGCUGCAGUUUUAACAGCCAUCAUUGUUGUUCAUGAAAGUGGUCAUUUCCUUGCUGCUUAUCUUCAGGGCAUCCAUGUAAGUAAAUUUGCAGUUGGGUUUGGUCCUAUUUUAGCUAAAUUCAAUGCCAACAAUGUAGAGUAUUCCAUUAGAGCUUUUCCUCUAGGAGGGUUUGUGGGGUUUCCUGAUAAUGACCCCAAUAGUGAUAUUCCAGUUGAUGAUGUAAAUUUGCUCAAGAAUAGGCCCAUAUUGGAUAGAGUAAUAGUGGUUUCAGCUGGUGUCAUUGCCAACAUCAUUUUUGCCUAUGCUAUUAUCUUUACUCAAGUCUUGUCAGUUGGUUUGCCUGUACAAGAGGGCUAUCCUGGGGUUAUUGUGCCCGAGGUAAGGCCCUUUUCUGCUGCUUCCCGAGACGGGUUACUUGCUGGUGAUGUGAUCCUUGAGGUUAAUGGAAUUCAGUUGCCAAAAGGAGGGCCUAAUGCUGUCACAGAGGUUGUUGAUGUGAUUAAGAAAAAUCCCAACAGAAAUGUGGUUCUUAAGGUUGAGAGGGGAAAGCAGGAUUUUGAGAUUGGGGUCACCCCUGAUGAGAAUUAUGAUGGAACGGGAAAAAUUGGAGUGCAGUUAUCACCAAAUGUUAAGAUUUCGAAAGUUAAACCCAAAAAUGUAGCGGACGCUUUUAAUUAUACAGGGAGAGAGUUCUGGGGCUUGUCGUUCAAUGUAUUGGAUAGCUUAAAACAGACUUUUCUAAACUUCUCGCAGACAGCUAGUAAAGUUUCGGGUCCUGUUGCCAUCAUUGCUGUUGGUGCAGAAGUUGCAAGGUCGAAUCUUGAUGGACUGUAUCAAUUUGCUGCUUUGCUUAAUCUUAAUCUUGCAGUGAUCAACCUCCUUCCCUUACCUGCUCUAGAUGGAGGUACCUUGGCUUUUAUACUUAUAGAGGCUGCUAGGGGUGGGAGAAAACUCCCUAUGGAAGUGGAACAGACGAUUAUGUCAUCAGGGAUAACGGUAGUUGUUUUUCUAGGAUUGUUCCUUAUUGUCCGGGACACACUUAAUCUUGAUUUCAUCAGAGACAUGUUGUGAUUGCUGAAAAAAUUACAGAAGUCUUAAGGUAACUUGGGUUUGGGAAAGUCCCUGUGAAGCUUAUCCCUGAUGUCCAAGAGAGGGAGCAAACCAAGAACUUAGAGGGGGCUUUGCAUGAUAUUGUUGCUUACAUCCAAUGGAAUA